AUGACACUCCCAGACACCGACAGCAUCAUUUUCUACGACAUACCGAGCUCCGUCCCCGGCUCAGCAUGGUCGCCCAACACCUGGAAGACGCGCUUCGCACUCAACUACAAGGGCAUACCCUACCGCACCGAAUGGGUCGAAUAUACCGAGAUCGCGUCGCUACUCACCUCCCUCGGCGUGGAGGCCAGUCCGUCUCCGAUCUCCUUCACCCUUCCCGCGAUCUACGACCCGCGCACCGGCACAGCCAUGAUGGACUCGCUCAAGAUCGCCCGCUACCUCGACGAGACAUACCCCGACACCCCCGUCCUGCUGCCUCCCGACACGCGCGUCUUCCAGCACGCGUUCCAAGACGCCCUCCUCAGCGCCGUGCACAUGAAACUCAUCCCGCUCCUUAUCUGUGCCUGCGUCACGAAGCUGAACCCACCCAGCGAGGCGUAUUUCCGCGAGGCGCGGGAGGUCACCUUCGGGUGCACGGUGGAGGAACUCAGCCCGCCCGAGAAACGCCCGGAGCAGUGGGAUGCCGUCGAGAAGGGGUUCGGCGUCCUGGCGUCGUGGGUUGAGACCGCCGGCGACGACAGGCUCUUGCUCACGGGCGGGGGUCCGGCAGGUGAUGCAAGUCGCGUGCGUCACGCAGAUAUAAGCAUCGCUGGUCUGUUGAUCUGGGUGCGUGCUAUUUACGGAGAAGAGAGCGAGGAAUGGCGGCGUGUCAAGAGCUUUGACGGAGGUCGCUGGAAGCGCUUCUUGGACUUCUUCGAGCAAUGGGCAGAUACAAGCCGUUAG